AUGGCCUUGAGAAGAUAUACGGACCUAAGGAAAAAGAUGGAGAAAGAUCCCGAAUUAGCGAAUGCUAUCACCCAAAAGAUGAAGGACUAUUUUGGACCGAUACGUAUCACCGUUGGACGUCGCCAUGAGAAACGAUCUAGAGCGAUCUUCACCUGCCUGACAACGCGAGCGAUUCAUUUGGAGGUGGUCCACUCGCUUACAACAGCCUCCUGCAUUCUGACGAUCCGCCGAUUCAUCGCGAGACGUGGAUCACCACGUAAGAUCAGCAGUGACCAGGAUACUAAUUUCGUCGGAGCAGCGCGAGAGCUACGAGGACGUCGACGAGCCUUGAAGGACGACACGGAAGUGUUAAUGGAAAGGUUUUCGAGUCCGGUAAUGAAUUGGAUUUUCAACCCACCAUCCGCGCCUCACUUUGGUGGAUCUUGGGAGCGUCUGGUCCAAUCGGUCAAGAAGACGCUAAGCAACCUGGAUUUAUCCAAAACUCCGAGCGACGAGCAGCUGACAUCAACCCUAACGGAAAUAGAACUGAUUAUUAUUUAUUUCAGAUCACUGACGUACAUACCUCGGAGACGAGAUGGAUUCUCCGAUAACGCCAAACCACCUCCUGUCGUGUAG